AUGCCAAAAUUGAGUAUUUCCUCAUUUCGAAGCCCAAACAUUUUUUCAUCCGACCAAUUCCAUAUAAGUGGUACGUGCCAUGAUGAGGCCGGAUCAUUGUUCGACCCAGAAGACCCGAGUGUUUCGGCAUUCAUUUAUUCAUUGGAACAAUUCAAUAGCGUCUACACAGUUUUCCAUCGCUAUGCGUGCCUCAUUAUCUGCUUCAUUGGUGUCGUAUCAAACAUCAUCCACAUAUUGGUUCUUUCAAGACCUCGAAUGAGAAGUAGCGCGGUGAAUUGUGUGCUGACAGCAGUAGCCAUGUGCGACGUAAUAACAAUGCUCUCAUACGCGACGUAUUUGUUGAGGUUCAGAUUUUAUCAGGAUGAUGAAGGAUAUUCAUAUUCGUGGAUGGUAUUUCUGAAGUUCCACGUGGUUUCUUCGAUGACUCUUCACGCCAUCACACUCUACAUGGGCGCAGUGUUGGCAUUCAUUCGAUGGCAAGCGCUCGGCAAUAUCCAUAGCAAAUGGCUGCAGCCGCUCAAUGCGUGGAGAUUGUUCGGUGUGAUCACUUGUGCGAUCACCGUCAUCUGCCUGCCAACACUCUUCCUUCACGAGAUUUUCAAGCUCGAGACGACCAGCGUUGAAACGACGACAAUUCUCACCGAUAUGCUUGCGCUCGGCCGUCAAACAAUUCAAGUUUCCGCCGAUGAAUAUUAUAGUUUGAAUUUCUCGCAAUACUCAUGCGCGUUUUUCAAAUUCAAUUUGUGGCUCGUUGCAAUUGUACUUAAGGCAAUUCCGUGCGUUCUACUCUUAUGGUUCACAAUUGCAUUGGUGUUGAAAUUGCGACAAACCGAUGAGAAACGCAAUUAUUUGUAUUCGAAGAGCUUCCGAAAACAUAUCAAAAAGACGACGGUUCCCGAUCGCACGACAUACAUGUUGAUUAUCAUGCUGGUUGUGUUUCUAGUCACCGAAUUGCCGCAAGGAUUUCUCGCGCUUCUAAACGGGGUUUACACGACUGACAUGAACACAUACAUUUAUAGAAAUGUUGGCGAACUUCUCGAUUUUCUAUCAUUAGUUAACUGCAGUGUCGACUUCCUUCUCUACUGCGUAAUGAGUUCCCGCUAUCGUCAAACGUUCGGCCACAUGUUAAUUCGUGUCGAAUCAUGGCUUCGAAACCACAGCGAACGUCGACGAAUCGCGAAAGAGAUAAAAAAGAAACUUCCCCCUCCAGCCCUUGUUUAA